CCAGAUGACUUGGUGCCCGCUGUCGUGCCAGAUGACUUGGUGCCCGCUGUCGUGCCAGAUGACUCAGUGCCCGCUGUCGAGCUUGGUGACCCGGUGCCCGCGGUUCUGCUAGAUGGCUCGGUGCCUGCUGACGUGCCCGAUGACUCGGUGCCCGCUGACUUGCCCGGUGACUCGGUGCCUGCUGACUUGCCCGAUGACUCGGUGCCCACUGACUUGCCCGGUGACUCGGUGCCCGCUGACUUGCCCGGUGACUCGGUGCCCGCUGUCGUGCCAGAUGACUCGGUGCCCGCUGUCGUGCCAGAU